AUGAACCAGCAGCGUUUGUUUGAGCUCUGGUUCUGUCUGCUGUCCAUGUGUUUCCAGGUCUGGCUCGGUCAGGCCCAGGUCCCCGAGCCAGCACAGUGCCUCAUCUCCGGGAUCAACAACCUGACCCGGCCUCCGGUGGAGGGUGAGGAUGAGGGGAAGUGCUGGAGGGAUUGCGAUGCAGAGCCCAACUGCCACAUGGCAUUGAUAGUCAUACCACUCCAUGACAAAAAGCAGUGCCUGCUGGUCAACUGUCUGAACCAGGCCAGAUACUCGUACACCCGACAUCCCAGCACAGAGAUCAGGGUUUACCCCAAGAGCACCAUUGACGACGAUCAAAGAUACUAUUUCAUGACAGAUGCAUAUAGACUAGCUGAUGAGACACUUCAUUGUUCAGAGUUCAUGAAUUGUAGCAGCUGCCAACCGGGGAUUCCCAGAUUCUUCUACAACAGGACCAGUUACAGGUGUGAGAGCUUCCACGCUGGCUGUGGGUCCAAUAGAAACUCGUUUGAAACCCAGGAAGGGUGUGAAGCCCUCUGCAAUAAAAAGUUUCGUUGUUAUCGGCCCAUGCAGUAUGGAGCAGGCAGCUCAAACAUUUCCAUGUUCUUCUACAACAUGAAGAGCCAGAGCUGUGAGAGAUUUAACUUCAGCGGCUACGGGUCCAACGGGAACAUCUUUCAGACUGAGGAGGAGUGUGAGAACCUCUGUGGUGACAUUAAAGCUACUACAACAAGCCGACCUGCUGUGACUACAGCUACUACAACCAGACGACCUACUGUGACUACAGAUUUCCACAUUAGUCUGGGAAUUGCGGUCAUCUUCGCGGUCACCUUCAUGGUCAUCAUCUGUUUCAUCUGUGUCAUCGUUGUCAUCUGCAUUGUACGCAACUGCAACUGUUGAUAUCCUGUCAGCUACAGAAGAGUCGGGGUGAAGGCAGCAGACUAGGACUGUUGUUAUUGUUGUGGUGGUGAAUCCUUUACUAUAAUCUAGUUAGUAUUUCUGGCAGCAGGAUGGUGUCUGUGGGAUUGAGUCAAAAUAAACUACAGUAGCCGUGUUUCCAUUAGAUUCAUAAGAGAAUUUUAAGGAAACUUUUGAAAUGUUGCAAAAAGUAAUUGCGGUAAAAAGUAAAUUAGGCGUGUUUCCAUCAACUGGUUUCAAGUGAAUAAACUAGACCACGCAACACAUAGUUUCAUCAGAAUAUGGUGGCAUAGGCAUAAAUAAACAGAGUAGAAGAGGUAGAGGUCGCCAAUAGGAAACAAAACAAAUAGUUAUAUCG